UGGUGGAUUUCAUGAGAGGAAAAGAGAAUCAUUGAUUUUUUUUAGAUGGAAUCAUUUAUCUAAUUCCGUUUAAGUGAGUGUUUGCUUUGUGAAUGUAGGUGACCACACUCAACUGUCUCCUUGCCGUCACACAGUAUCGUCUCUCUACUGUGUCCUUGCCGUUGGACUGCCCGGCUGCCUCUAGAAUUGUAGAAUUAGGCACCAUGAAACGGAAGGAGCGUUGGUGGAUGUAUGAUAGAUAUGACAAUGGGCGUAACUUGAGGCCCGAGUUCUUGAGGGGGGUUGAUGAAUUCAUUGAAUUUUGCAAAGCAAAUCCUGAAAGCCCAGGUUUGGAUGAAGUUAGAUGCCCGUGUCCGAAAUGCAAGAACAGACGUAUGCAUGACGCAGACACGGUUAAAGUGCACGUGUAUAGAAAGGGAUUUAUACCUGAUUACUACGAUUGGUAUUCUCAUGGUGAAGAGUUACCUCGAUCCGCACAUGAGCCAUCUAAUCCAUACCGUGAAAUGAUUUUCGAUGCUCUUGGGAAUAACUCAGAACCGUCCAAUGUUGAAGAGCCUGGUGGAAUGGACGAGGAGCCUAAUCCUCAAGCAAAGGUGUUUCUUGACCUAUUAAAGGCUUCUGAGGAACCAUUGUACGAAGGGAGCUCCAUGUCCGUGUUGGAAAUGGCAUCUAGAAUAGUAUCUCUGAAAUGUGAGUAUAAUUUGCCACAUAGGUGUGUUGAUGCGUUUGCUUCAUUAGUGAAAGAAGCAAUACCUAACAACAACAACAUGAGUAACACAUUUUACGAUACGAAGAAGAUUUUGGAGGGAUUAGAGCUUCCCCACGAGAGGAUUCAUGCGUGCCCCAAAGGUUGUAUGUUAUUUUGGAGAACUGAUGCACACUUGGACAGAUGUACAGUGUGCGAUAGCGACAGAUACAAAGGACUUCUAAAGGGGUCUUUAGUUCCAAUGAAAGUUCUGAUUUAUUUCCCAAUUACACCGAGAUUGCAAAGGUUGUAUGCAACAAAAAAUGUUGCUGAAGAAAUGACAUGGCAUGCCAAAAAUCCGAGAGCCGAAGAAAAAAUGGCUCACCCUAGCGAUAGUGAAGCUUGGAAGCAUUUGGAUAGAUCCUUUGACGAAUUUGCAUCUGAGCCUAGGAAUGUUCGGCUCGGUUUGUGUACCGAUGGUUUGGUCCACAUGGAAAGUUUGGGGUCAGUAUUCAUGUUGGCCGGUCAUCUUAACCCCGUACAACUUGCCGCCAUCGAUGUGCAUGAAGAAACCCUUCAUGUUCCUUUCGUUGCUCGUUCCUGGUCCUAA